AUGCCUGAGUUCUCUGCUGAGCACAACUAUGGUGUUGUAAUUGAUGCUGGCUCAUCAGGCUCUAGAGUCUAUGUGUACAAGUGGGAGGAUCCUACCGUUACUGCUGAGCAAGCAAGCGAGAAAGAGCAGCAUUCCAUUCCUAAAAUAUACCUAGAUAGGGAAUGGACUUACAAGACCUCACCUGGUCUAUCAUCGUUUUCUUCGAAGCCUAAAAAGGCCUUUCGGAAACACAUAAAACCUCUACUCGAAUUCGCUGAGAAAAUCGUCCCCAAGGAACAGUUGCAUUCGACACCUGUCUUUGUCCAAGCUACCGCCGGCAUGAGACUUCUCCCAGCAAAAAAGAGGUCCGCUAUACUGAAUAAUUUAUGUCAUGAAAUGAAGGAGUUCGAUAGCUUUGCAAUAAAAGACUGCGAUUCCCAGAUUCAAGUCAUUGAUGGGGAAACUGAGGGAGUUUACGGUUGGAUCGGGCUGAACUAUCUUCUCGGAAACUUCAAUGAUUAUCAGGCUGAGAGUGGGAGCUCUCACAAGUCAUCGGGGUUCAUGGACAUGGGAGGUGCUUCUGCGCAAAUAGCUUUUGUACCGAGCAACGAAGCGGAAGUUGAGAAACACGAUGAUGACAUCUCCACGGUCACUUUGAAAAGUGUCAAUGGUGACACACAGAAUUGGAGAGUCUUUGUUAGUAGCUGGUUAGGUUUUGGUGCCAAUCAAGCUAGAAGCAGGUACCUAGCUCAGGCUGUCAACGGUCUUCCAGAAAACACCAACGACUAUGACGACGACGACUAUACUACCCGCACGAUCACAGACCCUUGUAUGCUCAAGGGCUCUUCCAGCGAGUUCAAGUUCAAAGAUAUGGAUUUCAAGGUGACCGGUUCAGGAAACUACGAACACUGUUCAAAAUCGAUUUUUCCCCUACUCAGGAAAGAUACUCCGUGUAGGGAGGAACCAUGUUUAUUUGAUGGGGUCCAUGCCCCAGCCAUUGACUUCUACAAGGACAAGUUUGUAGGAACAUCAGAAUUUUGGUACACGGCGAAUGAUGUUUUCCAGACUGGAGGUGAGUAUAAUUUUUAUGAUUUUAGUCUUGAGGUCAAACAGUUUUGCGAAACUGACUGGGGCGAGGUUGAAGAAUUGAGCAAAACUGGACGAUUCAAAGAUUUGUCUCCGAAGCUUCUUUUAGACAGUUGUUUCAAAGCCAACUGGAUCCUUUCUGUUUUACACGAGGGUUUUGAAAUGCCAAGAGUCGGGAUUGAGUUGCCCAGUAACGACGACGACGAAGACGUUGAUAAGGCAGAAGUGGUCGCUGCUGCUGCUGCAUUUCAAAGUACUGAUUCAGUCAAUGGAUAUGAGCUCUCAUGGACCUUAGGUAAAAUCGUUUUGUAUGUCUCUGCCCUGGUGGCGGACGGUCAGAGCGGUUUACCCGUUGGGAUUAGACCUAGUACUAACGACAUGCAAAACUUCAAUAAAAAAUUCAUUCCCGGUGCGACUCAUUUAAUUCAGGAAAGAAACAACGUUUUUCUGCAGUCCUUGUUCUCGAUAGUGGUAUUUCUACUUGUGGCUGCUGUUGUCUUCGCUCUAGUAGGACGCAAAUUCCUCAAGCAUAAUCCCGCCAUGGCUAAGUCUGUUGCUAAGUUGCUUCCAAAGUUGAAGGCUAAAUUUGGUAAGCUGCAGUACACGGCAUUUUCUUCUGUCGAUUCCUUGAGCGACUUGGAAGAAGGAAUCUAUUUUAGGCCGACAAGAGGCAGCGUGGAAAGAGACGGCAUUCAGGUUCGUAGUAGGAGCAUGUUUAAUCUCGAGGAAGCCAUGCAUGCACAAAAAGAAAGUUUUCAGAUGGAAGACCGUGCUCCCUUGGAUCAAAACUUACCAGAACGCGUGAAGCUACGUACCGCUUUUUCGUUAGCCGACUUCAGCAAGUUUAUUAGGACCGCUUCGCCGAACAAGAAGAAUAAACUUUCAAGUAUUUAA